UCGCCAUGCGAAACUCAUCCAAAGGGCAAAAGCUGGCACGCAAAUCCGCAGCAAAAACGUCGGUGGCUGAAGUGCCGGCAGAUCUCACCAUCAACUCGCGUGUUUUGGUGAAGGCGCUGGAAGGUGAAGAUCUAUUGCCAGGUACCGUUCUGUUCAUCGGUUUGACGCAGUUUGCCGAGGGCACAUGGCUGGGCGUGGAACUGGACGAAGCCAAAGGGAAGAACAAUGGCACUGUACAAAAUGUGCAUUAUUUCACCGCCCGCCCUGCCCACGGCCUCUUCGUUCGCCCAGCCAAAGUACUAAGAAAGCAGGAGACUUUGCCGUUGGAGAAGCUCCAUCCUGACAGUGCACCCAACUUCAAGGUUGGAGCCCAUGUUCUGGUGAGGCCAGCACAGAACUGUGCCGGCAUUGUUCGCUUCGUUGGAACGACUCAAUUUGCAGAAGGUGAGUGGGUUGGAAUAGAGCUGGAAAAACCUUUGGGCAAAAAUGAUGGCACGGUGAAAGGUGUUGCUUACUUUUCCUGCCCGGCGAUGCACGGAAUUUUUGCACGUCAUCAUCAUAUGCUUGAAGCGGGUGGAUCUUCAACGACGCCAAGCUCCACCUCGCAACGCGUUGCGGAAAAGAAGGAGACUGGGGACACGAAGCUUUCCCUCAAGGUAGAGAUACCAAGAAGUGCAGAGGUCAAAGAGAUGAAGGCGGAAGUGGAACGCUUGAGAAAGGAACUGCAGCGGUACCAGACUCUCCAGGACAGACGACAGCGCUCGGGAGUCAUCUCCAUCACUAGAUGCAGUGCCUUCCCGCAUUACGAAAAAGAUGAAGGACCGAUUCAGACCGAGUCAGACCGAGAAACGCGUUGCUGCCAAGCCCCGCAGGAAGAGUUCCAGAAUGAGAUCGAUCAUUUCCUGGAGCGCAGGAAGCCAUUGAUCCCCAGGGAACUUUCUGGACCAAGUGGUUUUGGAGCUUUCCUUCAAGAGCAGAAGAAGGCCAUGUUAUGGAGCACGACGAGCUUCCUGGACGUCGCCACCAGGGCAUCCCAGCUGUGGCUGCAGCUGGAUCCCAGUGCCAGGAACCGCUUCCGAGAGCAGAGGGUCAUGGCAACACAUCGAAGAAGUGAGAAGCCGAAGGUGGCCAAAGAUGCGAAGUGGAAGUUGGAUUCUCCUGGUGUCAGCCGGCACAGCGACCAUUACGUUUGCACGGUACAAGAGGUGCGGCAGGCCGGGAUGGCCUCGAUUGAGCUGGACUUCCUGGUGCAAGGUGAUGGCUCACUGGGACCAUUGCAGAAGCCGGAGGCGAGCAAAGUGAUGUGGGACGGCAAGAAAAGACGCUGCUGCCCCGAGACGGUGCGAUUGAAGUUGAACGAGGAUGGAGGUUCCUCAGGGCCAUCGCGAAUGGAGGGGACCAUGGUCUUCAAGAAGGUUCCGACGCGUGGAACUGUGACUUUCAGUUUCGGAAGCAGCGGCUAUACGGGCUUGAAACUGAAAUUGGGUCCUUCAGCUGGUGCAUGGGGAGCUGAAGAGUUGAAAACUCUUUCGUCAUUGAUCAAGAGCUAUUGGGAUGGGAAAGGUUCAGAGAAUCAGACUGCACCAGUCUUCAAGUUCGACCUGGACGAGUCUGUCUUCGUUGAGAGGUGUUUGCUGGGUGACCUGCACUUGAUAAGUCCUGAAAGCGCAAAAGUUGGACAACUGGCUUCGGUCGUCAAGAGGUUCGAUUUGGUGGCCAUGAAAACAUCUGGCGAGAAAGGGCAGUUUGUCGAACCCUUGGUGCUAAAAAGUCUUAAUCUGGAGACCUUUGUAUGCAAGGUGGUGUCGGAGAGAGAGUCCUUCAAAGAUCCCAUUGACAAAGAACCCAGCCGACUUGGUCAUGUGACUCUAUCGAAUCUCAGGUUCCUGCGGCGACCAACGGAUCUGGAGAUUGUCAAACUGCUGAAGCCGGAGGACUUCUUUCCGCCGGAGGUGGGUGAUCUACAUCAGCUGAGAGGCAAAGCGGUGGUGCCUGUGAAAGAAGUUUGGGAAGAUGAAACGACAGGUGCUGGGGCCCCUGGGGCCCCUGGGGAAGGGAAAUCAGGUCGUAUUCACUGGACUUAUGGUGAACCAGCUCUGGACGAGAAAGCGGCAUCGACUUGUUGCACCCGCAAGGGGCGUCUGGUGGCACCCUUUCGUGCAUUGCCCACAGCUGCAGUUCGGGAUAUGGUGGAGGAGGAGACCAAGAAGGAUGCGAUAGUGAAGCGUGUGUCUCCUGGUGGAUGGUGUGACAUUCCAAGCUUGUGGAAGGCAUUGGAUGCUGGACACAACAUGCUGGAGGUUUUGGAUCAGAGCUACCCACGCACGCUCAAUCCUCCAAGCCUUAGCGGGUCAACUUCGCUGGCGACCCGCGGGCUCAUAUCGUUUGGUGGGGCCUUUGCGACAGCGGUGGUCUUUCUUUGCGCUCAUCAUCCUGAACGGCUGGGGGUGCACUUUUUGAAACACGAGCUCUUUGGCCAGGUGUUGUACAUCGGCAACGGCCAGGUCUUGUAUGGUCUUCAAGAUACUGUUCCUCUUUGCGAUCUUUCUCUGCGAGGGCCAGUACGACUUCAGCAAGGCGCAGGUUGCGGCGCAGGCGAGCCAAGGCGAGACAGCUUUGGCACUGGCACAGGCGCGGAAUCAGGACUCUGGGCAGGCAACAGCUGCAAAGGGUGUUUGGUGUCCUACAAAGCCAUCAUUCAAGAGAUCAUCACUUUCUACGCUUGGAGAUGGAACUACUCAGGCUGGAACGCACAGACCAACUGGCAGGAUUGGGAGAGCUCUCAUUGGGGAGAUGGCUCCAAUCAACAUCAGAGAGCCAAAACUCCGAAAGACAGGCACAGAGGCAGCACACCUCGGAAGCGCAACGCGGGUGGCAAGAAAGAGAAACACGCCCAGUACAGUGCGCCGGAGGUGGAGCCGCCAUGGAAUGCAAACUAUUCGGGAGGGCCAUCAGCCUCUACAGCUGGGGAAGAUUCCUCGGCAGUCCAGGAGAAGCUGGUCAUUUUGGCGACAGCGGUUCAGGAGUCCAAUGCAGCAGUGAAUUCCAAUGCGAGGCAGAUUGUGGAGGAGUAUUCCACACCGGUGCCGACGGCCAAGGGAUUGAAAGCAGCGGUGGACAAGAUGGACAAGGCGCGCAAGAAAUUGAAGGAUGCGGAGAAAGCAAGACUGACAAUGCAUUCUUCGUGGAGAAAAUACAUAGCAGACUCCUUGCAAAGGUGGACGCAGUUUGCAGAAAAAUUUGGCCGAGACGACCAAGAGCUUGCAGAUCGUGUUCGAGCAGCAAGAGAGAAACUGCAGAAAACGAAAGAAGAUGUGGAUGCCAAGAAAGCUGCAUUAGAGGAUCACGAUGGGGAAGACCACAUCGACAUCUCCGACGAGGACAUGGCGGAGAAGGUGGACAGCUCCGAGAACAUCCAAAGCAGCCUUACGCACAUGGUGGAGAAUUUACUCACUAUGAAGCAACAGGCAGACGCAGCGAUCAUAGAGGCGAACGAGAACAAGGCGAAGAGGCAGCGCACAGACAACAACGGGGAUGGAGAACUUCCUGCUGGGGGCGGAUUUCAUCAGGUAACCUUUGCAAAGUAUGUGGAGUUCUAUGUGGGCUUUGAGGACACCGAGCACUAUGUGAAGGAGACCUAUGCGGCGGAGAAUUUUAACCAUCAAGCACACCUUCGUGAGGUCACUCAAAGACUCUUUGCUGGAUCUGAGAUGAAUCUAGAGGACGAAGAAGCCUCUGAUGAAGUCUCAUGGAUGUCUGCAGGAGUUCAACAAGACCAAGGUGAAUUGCAACCCUUUUUGAAUCGCGAUGCGGCACGGGCAGUUGACAUGCCCGAAGUCGCGCGCCAAGGAGAUGAAGUAGAGAUGGAGAUCGAGACAGAGAUUUCACCAUCAGACCCAGAAGAUGGCAGCGGAUCUGAGACUGAAUCAUCUGAAGGGCAAGAGGAACGACAUUCCACUUUGGCAUAUUUCAUGGAUUAUGACCCAGUACAUUGCCGACCUCGAUGGCGAACUUAUGAGCUGCUUCAUCAAGACAUUGCGUAUCAAGCUCGAAUGAGUCACCAUGACGUGAGUAGAAUCCACAUUGUAGGGCAUCCUCCAGAAGAUCUACAAAUGGCAAGUGUGAGACCAGUCAUUGUGCAGCAGCCGCAAGAUGUGACAGAAGGGUCUACAUUUCAAUUGAUUCUUUUGGAUGUGGAGUUCCACAAUGCUAUGCCUUCUCUGGAUGCAGAGACAGUGAGGAGAGCGAAGCUUCUGCCGAAAACUAUUUCACGCAAAGCACUGUUGGCCGUUCUUGGGCUUCAACCUUUCUGCACUUAUGCAAGACAGGCAUGUCUCAUGUGGCACAACCGAAAGCCAGUGAAGAUGCAGGGCAGAGCACUUAUUGAUCUACGUCAUGGGGACUAUUUGAAGGUAGUGGUCCCUCCAGGAAGAGGUGAACUUCGCAAGUAUUACACUCGAGAGGUGGCGCAAUGCAUGCGACGUGGCUAUCGAGCAUCCAACAUUCCAGUUAUCCUCGAAGCCAAUCCUGAAGGAAUCGACGUGACAGACAUGCCGGUCUAUGACACGUUCGCCUAUGUCCCCAAACCGGCGGACCUAGACUAUGACAAGGAUGCCAUGGCACUGUUUCAAAUGCCAGGCCACCAUGUUCCGCCAAUGGACCCGUGGCCCAGUUUUCUUACCAGAUCGUGCGAGGAGCCCAUCGAGGAGUUCAUUUCCAACCUCAAGGUUGGAGAGCGAGAUCGACAAGAGGCACGCUCUUAUGAAACCUCCAACGGGACACAACCAGAAGUAGGACGACCGCAGUUAGCUUUUGGCAAUGAGCAGCACUUUCUGCAAGAAUUUUUUCCAGUGUGGCAUCAUUUUGCGGCUGUGGAACGUGAGGAUGAAGGAAGAAUCCUAUAUGCCAGAACAUGGUACUCAGACCAUGAUCGGUUCCCAGCGUGCGAAGUUUCUCGUCCAGCAAGGUUGACAUCAGAUAUCUCUAGCUGGUUAGAUGUCCUAGCAGAGACGUGGGAUGAUCGAGUUGAUCCAGAUGCAGAACUCGACUUCUACCUCAUUGUACCAAGACCCAGGGGCCCGACAGAUGUAGGAGAUGCAGCAGUUCCGCAUGUUCUUAUUGUGCAACACCCCCGACAUGACAGCAGAAGCGUACAUGUCUUUGCGGUUGAUGCCACGGAUGCGGGAACGACAGCAAGGUCUUUUGUCACGGUCAUGCCCUUUCCCUUGCGGAAAAGUGACUUUUUGGACUUGCUUGGCAUUCGAGAUGAGACUUUCAUUGAGAGCUUGGUUGAUUGUGCAGUUUGGCAUGGAGAUGUUGAACUUGAUCACGUGCAGCAGUACAACAUCAGGCAUGGUUUGAGUUUCAUUGUGAUCCUGAAUCAUUUGAGGGACAUCAUCGCCAGAGCAGCCAGAACGCCCACAGCAAGCUCAUCGUCCACAGCACUUCUGCAAGUACACCAACAACGACGGGUGAUACUGCUGGAUGAGCUCAUUUCUGAGGACGAACCAGUGAUGCAGACUGGUAUGGUAGCUGUUAGAGUGAAGUGGCUGGCAUCAAGUCAACCGUCCCCAAGCUACAUCACACUUUCUGCAGAAGCUACACAUGAUGAUGCGGCAGCAGAGUUAGCGUGCUGGGGACUGAAGGCUCUCCCAGUGUUAUGCAAUGAAUGUGGAGUGGUAGUCUGCCUGUCGGCAGAACCCUGCGAGACAUUGCACUAUGACUAUGUCUUUGUGAACACAGCAUUUCACGGGGGAAGUAACAUGCAGGAUGUCAUCGGGCACACGGACAGGAAACAGUUGCAGACCAACGAGCUUAUGAGUGUUCUUUAUCAACUUGGAUUCUGGCGAGCCAUUAUUGCAUCUGAGGAGGAAAUCUAUCCCUCUGUUUUCAAGGUUUGCUUUUUGGACCAAGUUGUUACGAUCAACGAGAAGCCUCAUAAGCCUCAGAAGAACGUUGAUUGGCCGAAGCCGCAACCAACUGGUGAGCACACCAGACAACCGUUCUUCCAUGAUCCAUCCCAUACUGAAAGUGACCAGCUAGUCGAUCUUGGGGUGCAGACCAGCGACUUGCAUGAGCUCUUUCUUUCACAUCAAGAUCUACUUUGUCUAGAUUUUGUAGGAUAUGAGCUACCUGAGGAGCUACAAGCUGCAGUUGACCAAUGUGACCCCAGCAUCCCGAUUGAGGAGAUCGACAGAUUCCUGGUCUACACUGAUGGCUCUUCUCUGGGCUCGGCCAAGCAUGCGCCUCCUAUGCGGGCAGAAGAAGAUGGAACAGGAGACACGUGGGCUUAUGUCAUUGUUGGCGAGCGAUACGCGCCCCCAGGUAUCAAGUUCAUGGGAUGGACAGCACAACAAGUACAUUAUGACCCGACAAGCAAUGCCCAUCUUGGGGCAAAACGCAUUGGCGCAGACAUUGCAGAGAAGGAAGCACUCUCAUGGGCCGCCUUAUGGCGGCUGAGUUUCAACCAAAAGACUCCUACCUGCUUUCGUUCCGACUCGAGAGUGGCUCUGGGACAAGCAGCAGGGACAACGGGAGCAGCGGAGAUGGAUGAGACCUUUGCCUUCUUGAGAGGGGCAUUUCAAGCGAUUGAGGCAGCGCUGGGAAGAGAUGGAGUCCAAUAUCAACACGUCCCUGGGCAUGCUGGGGAGGCAUGGAAUGAAAUCUGUGAUUGGCUCGCGAAAAGAGAGCGCCAGCGCAGUUUUUAUUGUCCAAGGCCACGAAUGGACAUGCGAAAAUGGAAAGCCGCCAUGAGCCACCUUUGGCUCAUUGUCGGACAACACGCUGAUCUUCCAAGAUUUUGUGGAAAAGGACUUCAUGCACCAGCUCCACAACUACCUCAACAACAUGAUCCAGCAGGGAGUGAAGACACUAGAGGUCAGACAACCACACAGCAAUGGGACCUCAUGGAAUUCACUGUCAGCGCUUGUAGCGUCAAUGUCAAUUCCCUCAGUGGAGCCCCAGAAGGGCAUGGAGGACGAUUGGAUUACCUGAGGUCUCAGUUUGCUAUGCUUGGCUUCAAUUUCCUGGGAGCCCAAGAGUCCAAAACUCCUGAAUUUCACUCUUGUGUGAAUCAAGUUUUGAGGAUGAGUUCAGGUCAUCAAAAUCAUCAACAAGGAGUAGAACUCUGGAUCAACCUGGCACAACCUUAUGGGAGUAUUCAGGGACGGCCGCAAUUCUUUGACCGGCAUGACUUUCAAGUUGUUUACAAGUCACCACGAAGCCUGCUAGUGAGUGUUGAUACACGCUUUUGGCGAUGUUGGCUCCUUGUAGCCUACGCCCCACACAGCGGCAUUUCACAUGCAGAACGAGCACAAUGGUGGCAUACUCUAUCAGAGGCGCUCCAUCACAAACCAGCGACUGAUCCCUUGAUUGUCAUGUUGGAUGCGAAUGCAGGCCCUGGGGACUAUGAUGGAGUUGCAGUGCACCAAACUGGCUUUGCGACUUCAUCUGGCACAUCACUGCUACGUAGCUUUGCAGAAGAACAAGGUCUUUUCUUUCCUUGCACUACGACAGCGCAUGUGGGCCCCACUGAAACAUGGACGGACCCAACAGGAGAGAAGAGCUACUGCAUUGACUAUGUUUUGUUGACUCAUCACUUCCGCGGUCAGUGCCACUUAUCACGUGUAGUGGAGGAGUUUGACUUGGGCAGAACAGCUUGGGACCAUGAGGCGACAGCGGUUGAACUUCAAUGGCAAGAGUGGCUACAACGCAGAUCAAGAAUCAGCCCUGAUGGCCUUGGGUUUGACCCUGAGCAGAUCAACGGCCAAACAGUCCAUUCAGUCCUCUCCACUUAUGCACCACCCACAUGGGAGACCAAUAUCGAAGCUCACGUUGGCGAUUUCAACAAGGUUCUCUUGCAAGGUUUGAGACAACAUUGUCCACCACCCCGCAGGGGGCCAAAAAAGGCCUACAUGACGGAGCAGAGCUGGCAAUUACCUGGGAGCAAGCUGAAGUUCAAGAAGCAGAUCCAACAGUUAUUUCGCCGGCAGCGAGAUGAAAGGAUGAUUUUCUUCUUCAAGCUCUGGAGACACCGUAGGACUGACCAGAAGGUUUGGGAAGAGUACCAGUCCUACAGCGAGUAUCUCUGGAGAGCCAACUUUAAGUUGGUUGGGCAACACCGCAAAGCAAUGCUGCAGUUGAGGCAGCAUUUGAGCAAAGCCAAACAAGAAACGAUCAGGCUGAAGUUUGCAGAGAUGGAUCCCAAUGCUCCGGCCAGCGCAAUUUUGCAUGAGCUCAAACCUCUCUUAGGUCCUUCCAAUCUCAAAAAGCUCAAGGUCUCGCCGUUGCCACAGAUACGUAAUGCACAUGGAGAAGCUUGUUGUCUUCCCAAUGAGGCAGUCGAAGCGUGGUUGGAAUUCUUCAGGCAAAUGGAAGGAGGGACACGAAUGGACCGCAGACAACAACGCGAUCUUUGGAUUGCCAAUCUUCAACGUUUUCGGCAACAAGAAUUUCACGUCCAGGCCGAAGAACUUCCAAGACUCAUUGACCUUGAAGCGGCAUAUAGGAGGAUCAAUCCCUACAAGGCAGUAGGGCCAGACAAACUGCAUCCCGCCUUUUGCCGGAUGAACCCGUCCUUUUUGGCGAGGUUGACCUUCAGCCAGCUGUGGAAGCUGACGCUCCAUGGGCAGGAGGCACUAGACCACAAAGGUGGCAUGCUCUUCCCGAUUUGGAAGUCAAAGGGGCCAAAGGAUUGCUGUACUUCAUACCGAAGUAUAUUAGUAUCCAGCUUCAUUGGCAAAAGUUUGCAUCGAAGCCUCAGACAAAGGCAGACGGCCCUCUUCGAGCGCUACAUGCAAACGGAACAGCUGGGAGGCCGACCCAAAGCGCCGGUUACGCUUGGUGUGCAUUUGGGGAGGGCAUUCCUACGAGCGAGACGCAGUCAGGGCCACAACGUUGCGAUGCUGUACCUUGACCUGACGGAAGCGUUUUAUCGCAUCUUGCGGCCCCUGGUGACAGGUGGCCCGGUGUCAGAUGAAAUGGUGAUGCAUGUGGGGCGCAAGUUGGGGUUCACGGAGGAUCUCCUUGAGGAGCUCUACAAGCAUUUGAGUGAGCCGGCGGCGAUUGCGGAGGCGAACCUGCCAAAACACAUGCAGAUUGCCAUUACGGCGUUGCACGAGGACACGUUCUUUACGGUGAAAGGGCAAGGCGACGUUUGCAGGACGACGUUGGGGUCGAGGCCGGGCGACUGCUUUGCAGACGUCAUCUUUUCGUACUUGUGGGGACGCAUUCUCAGACGUCUACAAGUUACGCUCACUGACAUGCAGAUUGACGACAAGAUCCCUGCAGACACAGGUUUGAGUCUGUCGGGCCCGCAAUCAGAGUCUUCUCGGUCCUUCUUAGGGCCGACGUGGAUGGACGACACCUGCGUCUGCGUCUCUGAUCCAUCACCACAGAGACUUGAGGCCAAGAUCCACCAAGCAACAGGAAGACUUCUAGAUCUCUGUGAAACUCAUGGGCUUUCACCCAAUUUGAGCCCGGGGAAGACGGAGGCACUCUUAGUAUUUCAAGGACGCGGCUCAAGGCAGAUGCGCAUCAGAUACUUUGGGCCCACUUCAGAUAGAUCUUUGAAGAUCAUGGGAGAAAAGGGAAUCAUGAAAGUGAGGGCAGUAGCUCAAUACACGCAUCUGGGCUGUGUCAUUCACCAUCAAUCUGAUCAGAGGAGAGAAGCUCGCAGACGUAUUGGGAUGGCACAUCAGACGUUUACGCAGCACAGACGUCAUUUGCUGCAGAAUCCAGUGCUGUCCAUGCAAAGACGUUUUGAGCUUUUCAAGUCUUUAGUGUGGAGUCGUUUGAGCUACGGAACAGAGACAUGGACCUUUUCGGAGGGGCGCACCAAAGAGUACAUUCACAAUGCAGUGAUGAGACUAUUGCGCCGUCUCCUGGGUCGAGCUCAUGAUGCCCACCUCAUGGACGACGACAUCUUGACAGAAGUUGGCGCCAAUAGCCCCACGGAGCUCUUGCGCCUAUCAAGACUUCGAUAUUUGGGAACCCUUCACAAAUGCACUCAUUUAGUGCCAUGGGGAUUGAUCAAUAGUGAUCAACAAUGGAUUGAACUUAUCAAGGAUGACCUACGAUGGCUUUGGAUGCAACUACAUGGUUCCUCACAGCUGCCAGAUCCGCUGAUCAAUAUGGCCGUUUGGGAGGACAUCUGGCUCCAUCAUCCUUCAUACUGGCGUCGCCUAGUUCGAAGAGGUGGAGAACAUGCCAUCCUGCAGCGACGGCGCAACCAUCGUGUGGUUCAAUUCCAUCAUCGGUUCACGCAAGUCUUUGAAUCAGUGCACCCAGGAAGUUUCGCAAGGCAAGCACAGGCGAAUGAGGAGCUUCCGGAGGCAGCAAGACUUGAGGAACAGCACGCCUGUAUGAGAUGUCAACAAACCUUCAGGAGCAAAGGAGGCUUGGGAGCACAUCUCUUCAAGAAACAUGGCGUGAUCUCGCGGCUUCGACUCCUUUUCGACACGACGUGCUGUGGGGCUUGCCUGCGGGAGUAUCAUACGUACAGCAAACUACAUGCACAUCUUCGACAUGCAGCAGCUUGCCGAGAGCAACUAUGGGGGAGACGUCAGCGGAUGGCACCUGUGGCGGGCGCAGGCUCUGUGGAAGAUCGUGAGCUGUGCAACGUGCAUGAUGGCAUACUUCCUCCCCUUCAAGCAGAGGGACCUUGCAUUGCAGCAGGAGCGGCAGUGCCACUACCAGAAUAUGACCUAUGCCUGGCCGAAACCAUUUACGAGAAGGUUUUGGAACGUGGCGAAGCAGAGGAUAUUGACUCUGUAAUUCUUCACUCCAUCCAGGACUAUGUCAUCACGUGGGCCUCGUGUAAGGCCACCCUGUGCUAUCUCAUCGAGAACCUCACGGAGCAGGACUUGGAGAUCCUCAACCUGGGGGAGUAUGACAUGGUGGAGCGAUUGCGGCAACUGCAAAAGGCGGAGAGCUGGCCUUUUCUUUGCUUGACUGGGUCUAGACCAAGACACCGAGCCUCAACCAUGACCCUGGCAGAGAUGGAGCAGCAAUGUCUGGACGCUGUCGAAGCAGCCAAUACGCGACAGAGGUUAUGGGACGUGCCCAGACCGAUGGCAAAGGAGCGCUUCAUUAUCCACGCGUUUUCAGGCAGACGCAGAGCCGGAGAUUUCCAACAUUUCAUCGAGCUCAUCCAGAAGGACUACCCGGAGAUGCUGGUGCACACCAUUUCCGUCGACCUGAUGGUGGACCCUACAUGGGGAGACGUUUCCCAACCCAAGGUCAGGGAUUUCUGGCUGAGGGCUGUGAAGCAAAGGCAGGUGGUCGGCGCUCUUGCCGGCCCGCCGUGCGAAACCUGGUCCCAGGCCCGUGGUAAGCAAUUGCCUACGGAUCCCAAAGGACGUGCGAAAAGAGGCCCCAGGAUCGUGCGAGACCUGGCUGACCUUUGGGGUCGUGCGGCCCUGGCUUUGAAAGAAGUUCGCCAGCUGGAUGUGGGCAACCUCUUGCUUUUAUUCACGCUGGAGCUCCUGAUUGAGUUGGCGCUGGCGGAUGGCGUAGGUGGGUUGGAGCAUCCGGCACCGCCGGCAGACGAAACAAGGGCGAGUAUCUGGCGGCUUCCGCUGCUUCAGUUCCUCAUGGAAUGGCCUGAGUUUGAGACCCUGGAUAUCUCUCAAGGACUCUGGGGAGCCAAGAGCAGGAAACCAACCAGACUCUUGCUCCUCAACCUGAAGAAGAUGGUCCCGGAGCUCCGCCGCUGGCAGUUGACCGGCACUUUGCCGACCGGAGUGAGUAUUGGUCUCACUGAUUCAGGCGAAUGGGCCACUAGCGCUUUAAAAGAGUAUCCACCGGCCUUGUGUGCAGGAUUGGCGAGUGGAUUUCUCGCAUCUCUUCAGGAAUAUCCUGUGGAGGUGGCCUGUGCGAGUGCCAUCGUCAAGGAGAUGGUGGCUCUCACCGGGAAGCGUCGAGGUGGUCCCAGAAUCGCCCUGGUUGUGGAUGCUACGAAGGUGCCCUUGAAGCGGCCAAGAGUUAAAGUGAAGUGCACGGACUACGCCUUCAAGUGCCGAGCAGGGUCUCGCUUUGGCCUGUUGAAGCAGAAUGCCUUGGGCAAGGAUUACAUCAACAGGUGUGGCCGCACGAUCGCUUUCUCUGAGAAGACGUGCAAAUAUCGUGUGAAAAUUGACAACUGUGAUGAAGAGCUUGACAUGGACGCCCACAUGGGAAAGGCCGUUCAGCUCCCGCAGCUGGACUACACAGGCGGCAGCGAGUUGACCAUUCUCAUGGAAGAUGGACAACUGGUCAACGCAACCGUGAGCCGCAGGGUGAAGUGGAACACGUUUGCACUUCGCUUUGACCAAGGUGAGGAGCAGCUGGUGCAGCUCAAUGAGGCGAAUCAUGUGGAGGGUCAUCUGGCAGAGUUGGAUGCCACGGUUUACCGGACAUACUGCGAGCAUCAGCGGGAUCGUUUUUGCUACCUGGAAGACAGUAUCACCUGCCAAAGAAUAGAUGUAGAGAUGCAGGCCACUUACAUCGAGACAGCAGUUGAAAAUGUCCCUUGCUAUACACCGGACAUCAGAAGCCUAGCUUGCUUGCUGCUGGAUGCUGAUCGUGAGCGCUUCAAGGGGCAGCAACUCAUCUUCAGGUGUUUGAUGGUUGCAGGCUCUGGCACUGGCAAGACCUGGGCUGCUUGUCAGCUGAUGUACCACUUGAGCAAGGCGUGCGCCGGGAAAACUGAUACUACUGGGAUAGUGAAGAUGCCAGUGCUGAUCUUUGCUCAUAAAUUGGCAGGCUUGAUGCGUCGAGACGGGAUUAGCGACGUCGAGUACGCUAAUUUGCCUUUGUUAGAUCAAAAUGCGAUCCUGGACCAACCGUGGUUGGAGAAUGCUUUCAAGAUUGAGUACGGCAACGAGUACGGUGAUCUCUUGCUGAGGGCCUUGCGGCUGAGAAGUGCAGUGGUGAUAUUAGACGGCAUCGACGAAGCAUCCGAUGUGAAGGGAGUUCUCCAGAGCUACAUCAUCAGGCGAUUGGUUCCUAUGAACAUCUCGCUGGUGCUGACUUCCCGUCCAGAGGGCCUGAGUAGCGAUGGUAUCCUGAAGCAAUCCUUCGCGGAUAUAUGGCUGAAACCCCUAUCCGAUGAGCAGCAGAAACAGAUCAUCUUGAACCAGGUGAGGAGUGAAGGCAACGAAUUCUUUGAGAAACUCAUGAGAUUUGCCGAGAUACGUGCCACGCAUGACAAGAUCUACUUCAAUGAGGCCUUCCCAGAUCACAAGGAUCGGCGUUAUUUGGAGAAACACCUUCCGGCGCCGGAUCGUUUCAAGCAGAGAGAACGACCCGGAGAAGCCUUGUCAUGGGACCCAGCGAUGGUACAACACACCUUGGAAGGAAAGGUUGCCGAGGCUACAGCCGAAGGCAAGGAGCCAACAUCAGAGUACUUGAAGGCUGCCAGUGCAUACUUGACAGACGAUCUCUUUGGUCUGAUGGACCAGAUGUCAAUAGAGAAGAAACCAACUGCAGCAUUUGAGCAAGUGGUGCAGGAGAAAUUCCCAGAAACAGAGGCCUUCGAUUAUGGUCCAUCCUUGGCUCGAAAACUUUACAACUUGGCUGCGAAGAUGAAAAUUCAAAAGCACCGAGAGCUUUGGUUAAAGGUCAUGUCCGGCACAGACCAAUUGCUGACUGUGGCGGAGCACUUCAAGCCAGUGUUCGAGAAGACCAUAGAGGCAGUAUGUCAAGAUGUGCAGGACGAGUUAAUCAAAGCCACAUCUUUCCACAACGAGUCGCAGGGAGGUUUCCAGGAGAUGCCAGUUCCGGCUGAGUUGCUCUGUGGUCGAUUGAAAGAUCCUGUUCGUAUCACUGAGAAGGCUGCUGAUGACUAUGCAGAUCGCUUUCCGAAUUUCAUCCCGGAAGUCAAUGUGGUCGAUGUGGUCCGUGCUCGCUUGGUGUGCAGCAGUCUUACUCAGAUGAAAACCUUCUUGAGGAAGUUCGAAAAAGGCUAUGAAACAGAGAUUGAUGGCCAAAAGAUCAGGCUGACCUUGGCCCGGGUCAAAAACAAGUUUUCCAGCAAGGACCUCGAUCCCACGAGAUUUCGGAAUGUUUUGCUGACACUGCAGCUGCACUGCAACGAAGACUUUCACUUUGUGGAGUUGCAAUUCCAUUACAAGAUGAUCGUGGAGUACAAUGAUGUGAGUCACGCUCACGAACUUUACAACUUUUUCCGAGCAGAGCUCGCAAAUCAAUAUCACGAAGAGAUGGAAGCAAGAUUGAACUUUAUGUUGGAAGCACGGAUGCAGCUGUUCAAGGAGCUAAGAAAUUCUAGAAGUUCCAGUCCUUCUAGCAGUGAUGACUAUGGCCUUGGUGAACUCCAACCAAAUGCCUUCCAGUCUUUUCGAGCUCUAUGCAACUUGGCUGCCAGAUUCGUGACCGGCGACGAAAAUCAAGAAUUCACUGUAUCACAGCUGGUUACCAGCAGCUUCUCUAAGGCCAUGGGCUUGCGCAGGAUGUUGGAAUUGGGCAAGUUUGACAAGCAGGUCGAUGAAAUUUUACAGCUCAUGCAGCUGGUGGCUCUUCACAACCAGCUGAAUCAGAAGCGCAUUUUCAGCCAGAAAGAUGUGGAGACCGCCUUGGCCAAGAAGCCGGAAUUCUUACCCAUUUGGAUGACAUUUGUUAAGCAGGGAGAUGUGCCUUUUGUGAAGAUUGUGGCGGAUGGUGAAGAUGCAGAAUAUCAGUUUAGGCACCUGAGUUUCCAAGAAGCACUAGCAGCGCAAGUCCUGGCAGACAGCGGCCCCGUAGGGAUUGAGGCAGCAGAGCGCUUUAAGCAGAUUGGCGGUAGUCUGGUGGGCUUCUUGAACAUGCCCUUCUAUCGUAACAUGCUGAAAAUUGGUGCUGGGUUUGUGGGUGAUGUCUUCGGUAAAUAUUGGCCCUUGACUUCACAGUUGACUGAUGAUGGGCGAGCAGGUCUGUGGAACCUACUUCUGGGAGCACGCAAGUUGAUCUUAGUCAGCUUCUUGCGGCCACAAGUGGAAAGCCACAAAGCCUAUGAAAAGGCGAUCUUUCCAGAAAGAUCUGAAGAUUGGUUCCGCACCAUGUUCCUCUUCAAGUCCACCAUUGAAUUCAAGGGUGGCUCUGUGAUGUACUCCUUGCGCAAGAUCAAGAGUCAGGUGCAGAAUUUGGAGGCUGCCUUGGUGUCCAAUGCUGCUUGCCACCUCCUCUUUGGUGGUGGGCUGGAUCUGUCAGCCUUUGAGGUGGACCGAUAUGGGGCUCAAGACUUGGCAGACCAGAUCUGUGUUUGGGACCUUGGGACCGGCCAGGUGCAUUCUGACACUUUCCCUGUGCAGUGGAACGGCAGUGGCCAAGCUUUGGAUGUGGCAAAGGCACCUGGAAGAAUUGGAUGGCAGCUGCACAUGAAUUCCAAGGCCUCCUUGCUUCAUUUUCAGGAGAGUGAAGUGGAUUCAUUGGACCCGCCUCGGCCAAAGAUGGAAAUUUCUGAUAGGGUUCCUGAGCUGCAUGGCACUUCGGGUAUUCGUUGGAUUUUUAUCUCUGCCAGGCCACAGGAACCAUUGAGCUUUGAUCCCAGUCUCUGCACCAAAGUGAUCCCUGUCUACAUCAGAAACUCCAGCGCAAAGCCAGAGAAGCGCGGCAAAGUCAUUCAGUCGCCGCCCGAUGCGACUGAGCCACGGAUGGCUUCAACAUACCAGAGAUCUUAUGGCCAGAAUUCGUUGGUGCCAACCGUCGGCAAAGAAAGUAAUCGAUCAGACGAAGUGUUGGCAGAUGAUGGCCGUGCUGCAACAGCCUUCUUCUCUGGAGGUAGUGUACUACGUCACUAUGGCCGAGUGGACAAGGUUGGGUGGGCGCCCAGCCGAAAGCAGUGCAUGGCAGUACAUUUCGUCUCGCUUCGAGCAGUUUUUCAGUCCUGGAAGAUGGCGCGUGGCAUGGACCUCCCCACGACAAAGGCUGCGCCUAACCCGGCGAAAGGUGGACAUGGAGGACCUGAGGGCGUUUCCGCAGCCAAGGGGGACCCGCGGACAGAAUUUUGGCGAUUUUGUGGAAAUUCUGGGCCCUGUGCCAACAAGUCCUGGGAGAUGUCUGUGUGGGUAGUGCCAGGAAAAAAGGUCGCAGCACAAGAAGUGGUGCGAGCGCCUGUUAAUGCCAAAGAAGAGGAACAGAUCAGGAGAGAGAUGGCCGAAGUCCAGUUUUGCAGCGAUGCCGGGGGCAAUGCCGAGAAGUUUCAAGGAGGCGAUGCUGAAGAAGCUUUGCUACGUCUCAAAACUCUCUGGAGCAAAGCUUGGAAAGAACAAGGUCACCGGCUGAGCGAUUUUCAACGCUUCUUGACCGAGAUGGCGCUGCCAGUGCUGCGACAGAGCCGCCUGCAGGAUCUCCGACCCUGGCUUCGGAACGGAGGUCCCCGCUGGAAUUUCACAUUGGAUUCAUGGCCGAUGGUGGAAAGUGCCACGAUAUCAACAGAUCCUGUUUCCAGCGAGAGAAUCAACGAAAAGGUGGUGAACAAGUGGAUAUCCACGUUGAGAGGAUACAAGGCGAAGUGUGUUGCCGGGUCCUGGGACUCGGAAUUCAUCUCACAUUCUUGGCAGAUUCCGAAAUACGUGAUUUGGGACGACUUGAUUUCGCAGAAUCAGGUGGGCUACAGAACGAAAAGACGAAAGGGGUAUCUGAACUUGAGGGCACAGUGUAUGGCCAAAGCCGAAGCUGAAUAUUCUGCAAGUGCAGCCACCGUUGACAGCGAGAGAGUCAACCGGAAGGUGGUGAACCAGUGGAUAUCCACACUGAGAGGAGAUGAGGCGAGGUAUGUGGCCGGGGACGACGGGGAUGACGGGGACAUGAACCACUCCCAUCGUCUAUGUCCUGGCCACAGAAAACGGAGCAAUGAGGGUCAAGUGGCAUGUGAUGGGUGUGCCAACACUCCCGAUGUCUAUUUUGAAGGGUAUGAGCGCUGGAAGAAAGGGAGGCAGAAGCCCGAGGCGCUUAAGCUCUGCGAAAAAUGCUACAAGAAGAGAAGACGCAAGGCCUAUCUGAAAGCCUGGGAUCCAGAAACAAAUCCUCAAAGGUGGAAAUUCCUGCCACGCGAUGCGGUCUUGCUGGACCAUUCGACGAGGAUGCAGCUCCGUGUUGCCCAGAGGCGGCAGAAAAGCGGGCAAACAUGGCAGCAGUGUUUUAAAGCUUUUUGUCAGCGCCUGCCCAAAGUGUCUUUCAAUGUGGAGUUCUUCACUCACCGCAUGGAAUCGGACAACUCGGCCAAAUUUGCGGCAGAGCAUGCAGAGCGCUUCAUUGCUACGCCUGCGGAGGAGCCGAGCCGUCUUGUUCUCAAGGUUCUCAACGACUUUCCUCGGUGCUUAGUCGCACACCGGAGGCGGUGUAAGAAGCGUCUACAGGAGAAUCCCAAGAGUGGCCUCCAAGGGGUGAUGCCCAGUGCCUUCUUCACACAUCGCCUCAGUGACGCCAGGGCGACAUUUUUUCUGCAGAAGUUUGCUUGCAUCCUCAGCGUGCCCAAUGGCGCAAAGGACCAUGACGACCGUGGCGACCGUGGCGACCGUGGCGACCGUGGCGACCGUGGCGACUGUGGCGACCGUGGCGACUGUGGCGACCGUGGACCUGAAAUGACCCCUGAGCCAGACAGAUGAAGCGUUGAAGCCCUGUGAAUCGAUGGUUUUUAUGGUUUUCAAAGCGUAGAUCGUUGUACAGCAUGCUGAGUUUCUUCGCCUGAAGGCAAGAAUGAACUUGGCAGUUACACGCACUUACCAUUUUGGUGCAGGGGUUUCCUCAUGUUAUCUUGUGAAAAGGUGUGAAAAACC